UAAUUGUGUAACCAGCAGAAGGGGUACUGAGAGUAACAUAAACCGUAUACACGUUCUCGUUUUUUAGGUACAGUGAUAAAUUGGAUAUUGGCAUGUACAGUCGUACAGGUUGGCCUUGCAAAUGAUAGCGGUUAGCGAUGGGAUGCAACGACCAGGAAUGCCGAGAUCGUGUGUAUUUACCCUCUCAACAAGAUGGUGUACACGUUAAGGAUUAUCUAUUUAAGUACAUUGAAAGAGAAUUCCCCGAAGCUAAAGACGGUAAGAAUGCUGUAUAUAGCAUCCCGAGCAAGUUCAAAAAUUGCGGAGAGAAGCAAGCGAGUCUUGCUGAAGAAGUCGUCUUUACAAGAUUAUCGGGUCUUGCAGACACAACACGACUGGAUGGACUUUGGAUGACCUUUUUUCAUAGCGCAAGUUAUGCUGGACAUUCCUUUCGUAAUCAAAGGGUUGGCAAAUUAAUGAUACGAGAGCACGAUUUCGUUAUUUUCGUCAAACACAAAGAACGAUAUUCCGUCGCCUUGGCCGAAGUUAAAUCAACAUUUGAUGGCACCAAAGUAAUUAAUAAUGUCAAUGUAACAAGCGAUGCAAAGAUAAUAAAAAACAAUAAAAGAUCUGCACAGCAUCAACUUAGAGAUCACAUGGAGGUCCUACAGGGAGUGUUAGAAAUAUACCCAGAAGAACGUUUAAUAGAAUGUUUCAUAAUGUGGCCUUUCUUAAGUGCAUUAACCCGCGAUCCGAAGCAAGAAAUUAUGAAGAGAUGGAAGGAGGAUGCAAAUUUACAUGUAUUUGAGAACAACUUAUCGGAUCAAAAUAACUUUGAUCGCUGGUUCGUCGAUAAUAUAAUUACAUCAAGAGGAAUUUCUGAAAAACAUUUUAUUACGUUGCUAAACAGGUACAUUGUUUUAAGUUGCGGAGUAUUCGUUGAUGAAAUCCAUCGGGACAUGUUGGCUCUAUUGAAUAGAGAACAGCUGGAAGUUUUGGACAAUGAUAGAUGCUCCAGACCAGGAGGAGGACCUUUAGUGGUUCACGGUGCUGCUGGUACAGGCAAAACGCUGUUAGUUUUAAGGAAACUGCAACAGCUUUUUGAGUUGGGCGAACUAAACUCUGACAACCGAGCACUUUACAUUUGUUAUUGGCCAGGAAUUAAGUGUGACUUUGAACAAAAAUUGAAACUUUUGGGAUUGGACACUUUCGUCGAUACAGCUCGAUUUUACAUAUCGCAGACAGGUUUUUUACUUCGAAAUAAAAAGUCCUACAAACAUAUAUUCAUGGAUGAAGCGGAGGCUAUAUGCCUGUCAUUUGAUGACGGCAUCAUGACAAAGACUUUAUCGACUAUUUUUCGAAGAUACCACGACGACAACUGUACAUUAACCACGUGCAUUCUAAGUAAUAGAAUUUCCUUUAUUGACUGUGAAAGUAAGCAAAAGUGCGUUAACAAGAAAUGGGGCGAGUUGUGGUUUUUGGUCGAUAUAAAUCAAGCCUCUUUGUUUUUACCAAAGCACUCGCCAAGGGUAUUGAAAGUACCGGCAAUUGUUCUGAAUAAAGUGAUGCGAUCUACCGGUUACAUAUUCAACAUAUUUAAGCAGUAUUAUUCCGAUCCCAUGCCAAAAUUGCCCAAAUCCGUUUUGGUUAACAUGAAUCUAAACAAUAUAACACAUGGACAUCACAUACUUGGCCCACCAGCAUUUUGGGUUGAGAUAAAUGAUAAGACUAAAACUAAGGAAACUGUGGUGAACGUUGUAAUUGAUCUAUGCGCCACCAAAGGGUUUAAACCUAAUGAUGUAUGUAUUAUUCCUUUUCUUGUUAAUGACAAUUUUGUACCUGAAGCCAUAAAUGAAGAAAUAGACAACCAUUUUGUCGAAAAUGGUUACAGACCUAGAGGCGUUGGUGAUGUCGAAGAUUUUAUCAGCAAUAAGGCAGUGAAUGAUUUCCUUAUAUCAUGGGCAUUGCGUGUGAAGGGCUUAGAAUUUAAAGUGGUUCUAAUGGUUGUGGAGGACGACGAUUAUGAUGCAAGUGACUCAGAAGACAGAAGAAAAUCGUACAUAAUAGCUUCUAGAUGUACCUGUAUGCUAAUUUUGAUAAGUCCUAAGUCAAUUAAACACGAAAUAGAUCUCCAUCAUGCAAUGCAAAAUUAUCCAUUUAAUUUACGAUUUAUUUAAUGGUUAAGGUUAAUUAUGUAUACCGCAAUAGUAUGCUUCAUUUAUAAAGUUUAUAAAUAAUGA